AUGACUCCACGACUCUCAGCGUCUAUCUCUGGGGUUCCAGCCAAGAUGCUUGCUGUGUUCCCAUUUCUCACAGUCGCAGCGGCUUACAUAGUUAUGGUCCGGUGUCUCUACGGGAAUGGCCUGGUCCCAAAGUUACACACAGUAUGUGGCGCAUCAGUAGAGGGGGAAUCGUUCCCAACGCGCAUUGCAUACACCAAUAUUCCCGCUCUCGACCUCAACAUCUGCACCAUCGUUACGUUUUAUCAUGGCUUGAUGAACACAACCUACCGACCGCUUCUGAUCCUUAUGUGCACCACGCUUUCCGCAAUCGCCAUCAUCCCUUUCGCAGAAGCCACUCGCGAAUAUCACUCUAAGCCGCUCAAGAUGCCUGCGACUAUUUGCAUGAUUUUCCAGCUCUGCAGCUGUGCGGUGGUCAUGCCGAUUUAUUGGUUUGCCUUUGCGCUUACUGGUGGCACGACCCGUCGCAGCGACAGAAUCACUCAAGGGAACGCAGAAGCACUUUUAUUUGCCCUUGUUGUUGGCUAUGCUAUCCCUACCGUUUGCAUGGUGGUUUUUGAAGACCCGGUGGUGACUGCGAUAUGGCAGUUCUUCCCAUUGUUCAUGAAAAGCGCCCAGUGGGCACACUCCAAAAUCCGACCGCCUUCGCAUCACACUGGAUCGGGAUACGGCACUGUUCAAGCCAUGUACAUGCUUGUAUACGUCAGUUCUGCUUAUUUGCACGUUGCGCACGUCUGGCCUCUCUUCAACGAUCCGGCGCUCGUCCAAAUGCUUAUAGUACCCCCUACGGCACCUUUGGAUCCAUCAGCAAUUUCUGUUGCUGAAGGUGUGGCAGCGUUCCUGAAGUGGGAUAUGGCAUUCGCAGCGGGCUCGACUAUUUUGAUGACACUGUGGUUCGCCAGAAGUCUAACAAGCUUUACGGUGCUAAUCCUGUGGCAUGUGUCGGCUACUUUCAUAGUGGGGCCUGCGGCUGCAAUCGCCGGAGUGAUGAUGUGGAGAGAAGCGACAAUAGAUGCACAGGCCAUUUCCAAGGCAGAGAAAGCUCAAUGA